AUGAUUGAAAGAAAGCAUAGGUCAUCAUCAUCUUCGCUAAAUAUCUUUAGAGGAGUAAAAUCACUAUUGUCAAGAAGAGAAGGCUCAUUAAGUCGGCAACCAAGUUCAUUAAACAAUAAAAGCCAUGAGCUAUAUGCAAGGGAAGGUGUAGCAGUAACAUUGACUACAGAUUUUGUCAGAAAUGAUCAUGGACCUGUCAGUCUAUUAAAAGCCAAUAGUAUAUCCUUUCUGCCGUCUCGUUCUGUAGUAUUUUCAUUUGACACCAAGGCCUAUGUUCAUUAUGAACCUAGAAAAACCCAGGUGAUCCUAGGCACGAGCCCAGACGCGAAGCACUCCAAAUUAUUAAAACUCACCGUGCAACAGUUUGCUUGGUUGAUACAGUAUCUCAAUGAAGAGCAGCUUGUCCAUGACUCCGUUGCAAAGCUCCUUUCAUCCUCUUCCCAUGACCUUUUGUUCAACCUUCAACCUCCUAUGCUCGGUGUUCUCGGCACGAGUCCAUCUCGAUCUUUGGGAAAAAAGCUCAUACGCUUUGUUCGACGCAAAAAGAACGUUUCACACAAUUUACUACAUCGUCAGUGCAUAUUCACGUUACCAAAAGCACUUUUAAUGCAGGCGGCAAAUUAUAUCCCCAAGACAAAGCCUUUGCCACCUUCACCUAAUACAUUGCCUGACAGUAUGCAUUUACUUUAUGAUAUACCCCACCAGAUCAUAUCUGCUUCCUAUCUGAAACGACUCAAGCGAUAUUGUCACUAUGUCUCCUUUUGUAGCCAUGAGCUACUAAUGUCUCAUCCAAACAAUGCUAAACUGAUGUCGCCAUCGCCCCCUGACUCUAUCAUUUCCAGCAAUAAUCAAUGCGACCUCAUUCCCAUCCGAUGCGCUGACUGUUCUCUCCAAUGCGGACUUGAAUCUGUCCAACAACACCCUCAGCCACAUCAAAAGAAGCAAGAGACAUUUGCAGCAUCAACAACAGGUCGUCUUUUCUCUUCCCUGAUUAUCACACAACCAAGUUCCUAUGAACAACAAACAGUCAUGUUUCCGAUUUCUUACAUCAAUUAUAUCAAUAACAAGCCGACGGAAUCUCAAAUCGUAAUGUCAUCUGCAGUUGCACCAGAAAGGAAAAAAGCAUUUGAUACCCUUACUAGGCAUCAGCGACCUCAAGCCUUUUCUGCCUUUCAGUAUAUACCUCCAGAACGAAAUGUAUCUACGAGUGAUAUUAGUAGUAUAGAAGAAGAAUCGAUAGAAGAAGAUCUUGAGGAUGAUGACUGUUCGCCACAAAAGUACGGAUAUGUCGCUGUCGACAAUGAAGCAGAAGAGAUACUAGUUGUAUUUCCAGGCAUGGCCGUGUCACAAUACAUGUUUGAAAACGCAUCAUUCGUGCCAGCGCCUUGGAUCGAACCCGAUACUCCCUCAGCAGACAAGAUGGAACGUCAGCUUUAUGAAGAUGCUCAAGAGGACCCGUCUCCUUGGGUGCUGGAGUGUGCUCUUACUGCCUGGCGUCGUUGUGAGAUGAAAGUGGUUACAUUACUCAUGCGUCUCUGUGCAACCAUGCCCUCUCGCUAUAAAGUCGUGAUCAUAGGACAUUCGCUUGGUGGAGCUGUUGCCUGUCUUUGUGCUUACUCCCUAAGGACGACAAAACUGUUGUUGAACAGACAUAUCACGGUCUGCACCAUCUUUUCACCUCGUGUAGCCAAUAAGACUUUUUUACAGACUCUUUCGACGCGAGAUGUCAAUGUCAUUCGUAUUACAGACCAUAUGGACCUAAUGGCCCGUCUACCUCCACGAACGUGUGGACUAUUGCAUGCUGGUGAUUCAACAGUGAUUCUGUCUCCCGAUAUUGAGGAUGGUUAUGUGCUUGAAAAUAUGCAACCAGAGAUGAUAGAAGAUACCCUUCAUAGAACAUGUUCAGCCACAGAUGUCAUUGGUACUCAAUCCAAGCAUUCUAUCUGGGGAAUAGAAUUAGAUAAUGAUUCAAAAAAGUGCAUUUCAAAUUUAUUGCAAUAA